AUGUCUAAGGUUGUGUACGAAGGAUGGAUGGUUAGGUAUGGAAGAAGGAAGAUCGGACGAUCGUAUAUUCAUAUGAGGUAUUUCGUGUUGGAACCUCGUCUUUUGGCUUACUACAAGAAGAAACCUCAGGAUUAUCAGGUUCCUAUCAAGACUAUGUUAAUUGAUGGCAACUGCAGAGUUGAGGAUCGAGGUUUGAAGACACAUCAUGGACAUAUGGUUUACGUGUUGUCUGUCUAUAACAAGAAAGAAAAGCACCAUAGAAUAACGAUGGCAGCGUUCAACAUCCAGGAAGCACUAAUGUGGAAGGAGAAAAUCGAGUCUGUUAUAGACCAGCAUCAAGAGUCCCAAGUUCCAAAUGGUCAGCAAUAUGUUUCAUUUGAAUAUAAGUCUGGAAUGGAUACAGGAAGGACUGCUUCAUCUUCAGAUCAUGAAAGCCAGUUCAGUGCACCAGAAGAUGAGGAUAACCCUCGACGUAGUCUAAUGAGAAGGACAACUAUUGGAAAUGGUCCUCCAGAAGCUGUACUUGACUGGACUAAGGAGUUUGAUGCAGAGUUGGCGAACCAGAAUUCUGAUAACCAAGCUUUCUCGAGAAAACACUGGCGUCUCCUUCAGUGCCAAAAUGGUCUUCGGAUUUUUGAAGAGCUUCUUGAAGUUGAUUACCUUCCAAGAAGCUGCAGCAGGGCAAUGAAAGCUGUUGGUGUAGUGGAGGCAACAUGUGAGGAAGUAUUCGAACUUGUGAUGAGCAUGGAUGGCACUCGUUAUGAGUGGGACUGCAGCUUUCAGUAUGGUAGCUUAGUGGAAGAGGUGGAUGGUCACACAGCAGUGCUCUAUCACAGACUUUUGCUCGACUGGUUUCCAAUGGUUGUGUGGCCUCGUGACCUCUGUUAUGUCCGCUAUUGGCGCCGUAAUGAUGAUGGGAGUUAUGUUGUGUUGUUCCGUUCUAGGGAGCAUGAGAAUUGUGGUCCACAACCUGGAUGUGUUCGGGCUCAUCUUGAGAGUGGAGGAUAUAAUAUUUCCCCACUAAAGCCCCGAAAUGGGAGGCCUAGAACACAAGUGCAACAUCUAAUACAAAUUGAUCUAAAAGGGUGGGGUGCAGGCUAUCUUCCAGCAUUUCAACAACAUUGUCUUCUUCAAAUGCUGAAUAGUGUUGCUGGUUUGCGGGAAUGGUUUUCACAGACAGAUGAGAGAGGUGUUCCUACCCGGAUCCCUGUCAUGGUUAAUAUGGCAUCAUCUUCCUUGAGCUUGAGUAAGAGUGGAAAGUCUCUGCAUCGGUCUGCCUUUUCUAUUGAUCAAAACAAUUCUACCCACAGAAACUCUGUGCUCAUGGAUGAAGACUCAGAUGAUGAUGAUGAAUUUCAGAUCGCUGAAUCAGAACAAGAGCCUGAAACAAGUAACGCAGAGACCGAUGUCAAGAGAACAACAGAAGAACCUGCUCAUAACAUUGAUCUUUCAUGCUUCUCGGGUAAUCUAAAGCGCAAUGACAAUGAAAAUGCCCGUAACUGCUGGAGAACUUCUGACGGGAACAACUUCAAAGUUCGUGGCAAGAGUUUCUGUGACGAUAAAAGAAAGAUUCCUGCUGGGAAGCAUCUAAUGGAUCUUGUUGCUGUCGAUUGGUUCAAAGACAGUAAAAGAAUAGAUCAUGUCUCUAGACGUAAAGGCUGUGCAGCACAAGUUGCUGCAGAGAAAGGUCUAUUCUCUAUGGUGGUAAAUGUUCAAGUUCCUGGAUCAACACACUACAGUAUGGUGUUUUAUUUUGUGAUGAAAGAACUCGUACCAGGCUCCCUCUUGCAACGAUUUGUCGAUGGUGAUGAUGAAUUCCGGAAUAGUAGGCUAAAGCUUGUACCUUUAGUUCCUAAGGGCUCAUGGAUAGUACGGCAAAGCGUGGGGAGCACCCCAUGUCUCCUCGGGAAAGCAGUGGACUGCAACUACAUCCGUGGCCCAACAUACUUAGAAAUUGAUGUGGAUAUCGGCUCAUCAACCGUUGCAAACGGAGUUCUGGGUCUCGUCAUUGGCGUAAUCACAUCGUUGGUUGUCGAAAUGGCUUUCCUUGUACAGGCAAAUACACCGGAAGAAUUGCCAGAGCGGCUUAUUGGUGCGGUUCGGGUUUCGCAUAUAGAGCUCUCAUCGGCUAUAGUUCCGAAUCUGGAGUCAGAUUAA